AUGACAAACUCCAAACUAGAUUUAUACACUGAAAAGCUUCACAAAGACUUUCAUGUCUCUACUGUUAGCUUGCACAAGAUUAUUGACUAUUUCAUCGAAGAACUGGACAGAGGUUUACAGGAUGGUACCGAUCCAUUGGGUAUUCCAAUGAAUGUUGCUUGGGUCAUGGAAUACCCAACAGGUGACGAAACGGGCGACUACCUAGCUCUGGAUAUGGGAGGUACCAAUUUGAGGGUCGUUAUUGUCCAUUUGAAGGGUAAAGGUCAGAUGGAAACGGAUCAAGCUUUCUACAAAUUACCAGACGGUAUUCGUACGGUCAAGGAUAGAAACGUUCUGUUUGAUUUUAUGGCAGAAAAACUAGAUCAAUUCUUGAAGGAUAAACACCCUGAAGGCAUUCCAGAAAACAAGGUCUUCCCAUUAGGGUUUACUUUUUCUUACCCGGCAACCCAGAGCCGUAUCAACUCCGGUGUCUUACAAAGAUGGACUAAAGGUUUUGAUAUUCCAGGCGUUGAAGGUGAAGAUGUUGUUCCUUUGUUAACUGAAAAGUUAAAGGAAAGAAAUGUUCCAAUUAAGAUUGUUGCUUUGAUCAACGAUACCUGUGGUACUUUAGUUGCUUCUAGAUAUGUUGAUCCUUUGACUGAAAUGGGUUGUAUCUUUGGUACGGGUGUUAACGGUGCUUACUACGAAAAAGUAUCAAAUAUUACCAAAUACAAAGGUAGAUUCCCUAAGGAUAUUCCUGAGGAUUCCCCAAUGCUGAUCAACUGUGAGUACGGUUCCUUUGACAAUGCACAUAAGGUUAUCCCACGUACUAGAUUUGAUAUUACUAUCGACGAAACUUCCCCAAGACCUGGCCAGCAAACUUUUGAGAAAAUGACGGCAGGAUUCUACUUGGGUGAUUUGUUAAGGUUGACACUAUUGGAAGCUUACACUGAAGGUAUCACCUUUGAAGAUGCGCCUGCUGAAUUUGUCAAGUGUCUCAAUACUCCACAGUGUAUUGACGCUUCCUUUCUUUCUCGUAUAGAACUUGACGAGUCUGAUGAUUUGGUCACUGCUAAAAAGUUAUUUGCAGAUGAAUUCAAGUAUCCUAAUGCAACGACGGACGAAGUUAAAUUUGCCAAGGCUGCUGCCCAAUUGAUCAGCAACAGAGCUGCAAGAUUGUCAAUCUGUGGUGUUGCUGCUGUUUGUAAGAAACGUGGCUACAAGAAAUGUCAUAUUGCAGCUGAUGGCUCUGUUUACCUGAAAUAUCCUAACUUUGCUAGUCGUGCAGCCGAAGGCCUUGCUGACGUUUUUGGUUGGGGCCACGAAAUGCCACAAAGUGAACAUCCUAUUAGAAUUGUCACUGCCUUGGAUGGUUCUGGUGUUGGUGCUGCCAUUAUUGCUGCACUUGCUCACAAGAGGGAAGUUGCGGGCCUCUCCCUAGGUUUAGAAGAUUAA